AUGGAAGUAUCGCGCGGCCGACCAGCAAACGCAUCCAAGUCCUUACGGCGCCGACCUCUCCGUAGCCAGGCUGGGGCUGACAUCCGGCGCGGGGUCGACGGAGGUGGCGUCCUGGGCGGGGAGCAGCAGCAGCUGCUGGUCGCGAGGCAAGACGUCCGUGACGCAGUCGAGAAGGCCACGGGCGCCAUCGGCGAGAACGGCGUCGCGGAGCUGCUGAAGGCGCCUGACCCCCCGGUCGCUGUUCCAGCCGGCGCUCGUUUUUUUCUAGCUCAACCACUUGCGUGCGCCGCUGUGCGCGCGGGGCUCAUUGGUCUUUGGCGCGCAUUCGCAGUUGGUUGCCCUCGGCAUUUUGCCGAAGGGAAGUGA